UCAUUACAUUUUUUUCAAUUGCUGAAUAGGCGUAUGGUUUUAGUCUAAGCAGAUCUCUCAAGAGAACCACAAGUCCUGAUUUAAUUUGCAAAACUAAACAUUUGCCUUGAAAAUGCUCAAACACACCUCACGUUUGGUUCAAAAGCAACAUGAGGACUGCUGCAAAACUCCCAUGUUGAUCUAAAGAGUGUUUAAUUGGGGUUUCCGACACAAUAUUCAGGUAUUCAUGAAAAGCAGUGCUGUAAGUUUAGAAAACAUUUCAUCUAAAAAACAAUGAAUGAGGGUAGUGUGGAAAUUGAGAAAUAGUUGUUACUGUGGACAAACAGCUCGAAAGGCCUGAAAAGACUGGGUUUUAAAAACCUCCCACAUUAAGAAGCGGCUCUGUAAAAGGCCAGUGGAGGGCAGAAACACGCUGUUCAUCCUUCAUCCAGCUGUAGAAAGAAGAAGACGGAGCGGGAAGCGGAGUCCGGAAGCCUGUGUGACCUGAUCUACACUGCUCGGUUUAAAAUAUCUGCUGAAGUUGGGACUUUUCGGGCUGGUUGUAAUGAACUCAGACGCCCAUAUUUUACUGCCACUGACCUAAAACUUGGGAAACAACCGGGCGACAAAUUAAUUUCGGUUUAACGCUGUGGAUGUUGCCGAGGCAGUGCUGCCCAGGUCAGCGGGGUGGACGGCAUGUCAGCGUGAGGGACAGUCAGUGAGUUAGACAAGAAUGCAGUCUUCUGGGCACCGGCUACGGGAUGUGGAGCAGCAUCAUCCCUUGCUGGGCAGCGGGGAGGAGGAGGUGGCAGUGGGCCGUAUCUGGUUCAUUCAGGAUGGCUGUGGCAUGGUGUGCGCCUUCAUGACCUGGUUUCUGGUGUUGUACGCAGAAUUUGUGGUGAAUUUUGUCAUGCUUCUUCCCUCUAAAAGCUUCUGGUACUCUCUAAUCAACGGGGUGGCGUUUAACUUUCUGGCUGUGCUGGCACUGGCAUCGCACCUACGCACCAUGCUGACAGAUCCGGGUGCUGUUCCUAAGGGUAAUGCCACUAAGGAGUACAUGGACAGCUUACAGCUGAAACCUGGGGAAGUCAUCUACAAGUGCCCCAAAUGCUGCAGCAUCAAGCCAGAGAGAGCCCAUCACUGCAGUAUCUGCAAGAGAUGUAUCAGGAAAAUGGAUCAUCACUGUCCCUGGGUGAACAACUGUGUGGGAGAAAACAAUCAGCGAUUCUUUGUCCUUUUCACUAUGUACAUAGCCUCAAUUUCCUUGCAUGCCCUCUGCCUCAGUGGUUUCCAUUUCUUCACCUGUGUCAAAGUACAGUGGAGCGAGUGCAGUGAUUUCUCCCCUCCUGUGGCUGUCAUGCUUCUUAUUUUCCUUUGCCUGGAGGCUCUCCUUUUCCUUACGUUCACUGCUGUCAUGUUCGGCACGCAAAUUCACUCCAUCUGUAAUGAUGAAACGGAAAUCGAGAGAUUGAAGAAUGAGAAGCCAACAUGGGAGCGGCGAGUACGCUGGGAGGGAAUGAAGGUAGUAUUUGGAGGUCCUCCCUCUCUUCUGUGGUUCAACCCGUUUGCUGGACUGCGCCUCCGGCGCCUGCUGAUGGUCCACACUCGUAAGGGUGGCUCUGAGUUCUCCGUCUGAAAAGGAAAUCUUCUUUUUCCCAGCAUGUCAGUGUGCCAUCAUGCCUGUAACCCCACGCACUGAGGACAAGGCACAUCUCUCCUAAUGGCAAUGCAGGUAGGGGAACACAAUGAAGAGAAUGUGCAAUAGACUUAGAGUGGCCCCAGUGAAGGUGAGGGGCCAGGACAGUAAAGACUCCCUAAUAGACCACUGGACCUCAACAGAAGGAUCAUUUUUACCUUUGCUUAUGUUGGCUGUGCCUGACCUGUCUCCAUGAACAUUCGAACAGAUUUUUUGUUUGUUUUUAAGGGACUGUUUUCCUGUGUAUUAUUGUGAAGAAACUGACUCAAUGCUUUAAAAAGUUACAGAAAACAUCAAGAAGUAUAAGGGUAUUUGUGUCAAAGUAGUCAUGUCCUUUCCAAUGAAUGAAUCUUAGUCAGUCAAAGAAAAAUAUCAUGGACCAAAUUGGAAUUUGAACAUAAUGUCUUAUUCGCCAAGAAAGUUUUCAAACAUCCUUAUGCAUUAAGUGCUUGUUAUUAGACUGCAAUAAAAUGCUAGUUAUCCUGUCUUAGGUUUAGAAUAAUCAAAACUUAAAUCAGGUACAAAUGACAUUAUUUUAGCUCCUUACAUUGUAGAGACAAUACUACAUUAUUAGCGUUGUUUACACAAUCUUUAAAUCGUGUAACUGGCACUGAAUUCUUAGACUGAGUAUUUAGACUGCUGAACUAUCUCCAGGAUCACAAAUCAUUUUUAGGGUAUAUAAAAUUUAAGCAUGACUUACUCCGUUUUGCACACUUGAAUUCAGCCAUCAUAGCAGUGCGCUCAGUCAGUCCCAGCUGUUGCUUCAUCUAACUGCACUCAUCCAGGCAUUUCUGUUUAACAUGUAAGGUUGAAACUUGCUAAGCCUCAUAAUAACUUACAUGGUCUUCUUCAUUGCUCCUUGUGUCAUUUUCAGCAGCACACAGACGGUACGAGUCCUUGAUUAAGGAAUGACCUGCUGUUAUCAGUUCUGUGGCUGCUCCUCACUCUGUGUUUUUCACUGUAUUUUUCACUUCUCUGUAAGAUGAGAGCUUUUACCUCAACAGUUGAUAGAUUUUUUUUUAAUGACUAUUCUUCAAAAAUAAUUAUUGCAAAUGAACCGUGUUUUAUGAACUAAAUGGUUUUAUGCAGUAGGUCUAGAGCAAUUUUGAUUAGUAUUGAAUUUGGCAUAGAUCUUGGACUGACUGGGCUAACUUCAUAUCAGUAACAAAAAACUUUUAGUAUAUUAGAAAUGAAACUUAAGGGCAUGGGUUCAUACUGUCACAGUCCUAAGUAAACCUACACAAGGUGUAGGUUUAAAGGUGAAUUUCUGCACAAUUCAAUCAGAGAUGUAAACAAACUCAUUCAGAGUGUUUUGAAUGUGAAAUGGUGAAGACACCUGUAGGGAGACUUAACGACUGAACAAGAGAAAUUCAACGACUUGUGUUUGCAGUGGUGGUGAUAGGAACCAGUAGUUGUAAUGUAUGGUGCCAUUUUUUUGCUAUUCCAAAAGACCCUAGAUGUGUCUUCUGAGUGUUUUGCCUUACAAGUCUCUGUCUGUACCUCUUUGCCACAAAUGGAUUAAAAAUGUUUUAGGCUAAAACCUCUAAAAACUAAUGCAAAACUGUCUCAGGAAACAUUUACAACCAUUUAAUAAUGUAAAUAAUAACAUGUAGUAAAAUAAUAUUAAUUAAAUGGACACAUGGAAUGCACUAGCACAUUUUCAGUACUUUCUGUUAGCAAAAAUUGCAAUAUAAAUGACAUUGUUCUUCAGUGGGAUUUUAAAUGUGUAAUAAAAAAAAGUUGACUAAUAAAAUGCUACACCAAAAGUAAAAGGCAACUGGCUGUGUAGCACAAUGAGUCAUGCUUUAUGUUUUGACAUUGUGGUAUAAGUGUAACGGCAGCGUGACUGCACUUACCCAACUCACGUUAUUUAUGUCAUUUAAUUCUAACAAAUUGCCAAAAUAAAAAUAAUGAAUUCAGAUUGUGCAUCCCAAUGUCAGAUGUUUAGUUCCUAUCACCAUUUUGAACAAUUGUGACUUGGCAAGUUUCAAGAACAGCACAUUUCACAUCAAAGGACUUUGUUUACUUUGUUUACAUCUUAACGAUUUAAGCGUACAGAAAUGUAGAAAAUCGAUGGAAUUGCCGUUAUUACAUUUUCAUUAUACAAAAUACAGAAUAUGAAACAGAUCCAAGGAUCACCAGUUGCCCUAUUUGCACCAACACAGCUGAAUCUUUCCAGGAUUUUGCCCUCUUUAGUGUCAUGACAGUUGACAGUAUUGGUUCUUAUGGGUUCUAUACGUGCCAUUUGACGUUUUCAGCAACUUGCUAGUCCUGUUGUGAUGGUUUCUUAACAGUUUAUUUCCAAUCCCAGUUCUAGAGAAACUCUUCCCUGCUCUAACACACAUGAUUCUGCCCGCUGGCUAUUUCAUGAGCUGUGAGAUGAGAUGUGUUGAGCAUUGAAAUAAGAAACUGGAAAUACUCCCUGAGUGGAAUUGAGAAGUAAUGCUCUCUAGGCGAUGAUUGUUGGCUUUUCUUAUUGAUCACCCAUUUUAAGCCCUUAACCCAUUCUAUCUGACAUCUCUGUUUUGGACGGUUUGUAUAUCUUUUGUGGAAAGAGAAAAAGUGGACAAAUCCAGUCAACCAGAAUGUAGUCUACCCUAAUUUAAAAUAGAAUUUGUGGAAUAUGACUUGGCAGUUCAUAUUUUUUUAUUGUUUACCUGACACAAUGUUUUUAAGUAAAACCUGAUGAUUAAUCUAAUUCUGUAAUGCAGGAUGUACACCAUGCUGUUGGGGGGAGGGAACAGAGCUCACUACACAUCUGCAAUCCUUGAUUGGGUUAUACUGGUUGAAAUUCUUUGGGGGAAUCUUGCCUUUUUAUUAGCAUGUAUGUCACUAAGAAUGUAUAUUGUGCUUUUUAUAUCUUACUUUAAGUAUUUAGGAAGAAGAGGGAACAUUUUAUUGACACUAAAUAUAUGUGCUACAAUGCUUUCCUCACUACAAAAAGAGUACUGCCUAAUAUAACUGCAUUGAUUCCUUGAACAUAUGGCUUGGCCAUCAUUGCCCAGCAUUGCUGUGUGAACUCUCUGUGUGAGAGUCAGGUUCCUGUGCUGCAGAAGUGUGUAUUAAGUGUAUUAAUCUUCAGUAUACAAGAGAAAAGCAAGGGAAAUGCUUUUUGCACAUGAACUUCCUGCAUAAAAGGGUUGAUUGUAGAAGCAAAGAGUAGAAUAUCAAAGCUUUAUAAACUUGUAGGUCAGAUGAUCAAGUUUAAAAAAACCCCAUGCCAAGUGUGAUAACUGUGGUCAGGAUUAUGUCUAGAAGUAUAAUACAAUCACAGAGAAGGUUGAUAGCAUUAUUCUUUACAACUGGAAAGCAAACACAGAUUACAUUAUAUACAGUGUGAAUGAUUACAGAUUUAUCAAGAACUUUUCAAAUGUGUCAUAAAAUAAUUGUUCUUUCAUAUGUAAAGCUCUUUUGCAUAAUAAAGUUGUUAGGUUCAGAACUGUU